GUUUGGACGUUGGAAACGGAGGCAGUGUUUGCUCUAAGCAAUCUCACAGUAAAAUUCAUUCGCCGCAACUCAAUAACUGAAAUCUAAGCUGAAGUUAAUAUCAAUAGAUAUAAAAUAAAAAAAAAAAAACUUGAAAAAAAUUUCAACCUUGCUUUGAGCCAUAUGCAGAAGAUCACUUUGUGGUGAAGAUGAAUACCAAUAACAUUCGAACACAUAAGCCCAUCGAUGGGGCAAAAUUUCUGGAGAUGUUGUCAACCAUAUCAUUGGAAGAAGUAUUGAUUUUUGAGUUUCGGCGAAGUACAACUGAUAAAUGGGAAGUCAUGGUAGUAUGUCCGAACCCAUUAAAGAAGAUGUAUCUCUGCAAUGUUUGCAACGUUGUUCAGUACGGGGACAAAAACUUAUUCAGUCAUCUGUGUGGUAAAAAGCACAACUUACUCCUGACCAGCAUAAAACAACUCCAAAUACGGAAUAGAUUUUCUACUGAACAGAAUUCAAGCUCUCCGAAAUCACUGAAUGCAGCAAGCGUCAUCGUAAAUAACACAGGAAGUGGUAAAGGCUAUUCUGCUGCAAACAAAAAUCUACCGACUCGAAACCCUGGCACUCCCACUACUAUUAGUCAAAAAAUGGCAACAGCGACAGUAAAACCCCAACCUUUUCCAAAAAAAGCCAGUUCCAGCGCGCGGACUUGUUCACAACAACCCGGUCCAAAUGAAGAAUUAAUAAAAAUCCCGAGCAAUAGCUCUAAAAAUUAUGCAAACGCCAGAAGUAUUCCAUGCGAAAAUGAAGACCGUACGGAUUCGUCCAAAGAAAUAAAAUCUAAAACAAGUCUAAUUAUAAAUGACAAUCAAAAAACAAAAAAGGAUUCGGGAACGGUAGUAGAUACUUUGAAAAAAGUCACAACAGCAAACUCACCCGCGACUUCAUUAAACUCGACAAUAUUUUGUGAUGGCCUGAAACAUAAAAACAAGGUAGAAAAUUCUGCACUCAAGUCCGUGUCCAAAUCCAUUUCUGAAGAACUACCACAUUUUCAAGGGAGUGUUGAAGUCGAACCCUGUCCGAAAACCACGAGAAUGGUGCAAAAUAUGGUGGUGUCCCAAAAUAAUCAGGAUACUCAAAAUAUAGUAAAAAAUCCGUUAUCUACGAAAAUUUCAUGUGUUCCGCUUGCAAAGCUUCUUGGUGCCGCCGAGUCUACCGAGAGAAGCCAGGGUAACAGCGAUGUCAUUAUUAUAGACGAGAAGGAACGCAACCAGAGUAAUAAAAGAGAAAAUUCAAACAAUAAUAUCAGACAAGUUCAGAACACAAAGCAAUUCUUUUCGAAUAUUGAAAUAAUUGGAAACAAAAACAUUUUGGAUAAGACUGAUGAAAUAAUACCGGUUAUAGGUGUCGCUUCUCGCGUUAACGAGUCAAAAACAUCAUCAGGGUCAAGUAUUUUUACCUUUGAAUCUAAGAAAAAUCCAAAUAAAAUUGUGGGACUUGUAGGCGUCGAAUACGUUAUAAAAGUAGUAAGAAAUAUAAACGAUAAGAAUCCCAGAUAUCAAUGCAGCUUCUGUGACAUUACUUCUGACGAGGCUGCGAUGCAUACACACCUACUUGGCUACAAUCACCGUCUAAAAUAUUUUGAGAAGCAUUUUCCUACGGCCAUGCGACAGUACCGACAAUAUGUGUCGGAAGUUACAGAAAGUGAUGUGUGCAAAGUAAUGAUUCCCAUUUUAGAUAAACUGGCAAUGGCUGUUGAGAAGCAUUAUGGUCGGGAAUCUGCCUACCUUUGCUAUGAUAACUUUUAUAAAAAAAAUCGUUCAGCCGUAGUUGCAAAAGUUUAUAAUAGACGUCAUUUUUCUGAAAAAACAGGACCGACGUUUACGCAUAUCGUUGAUUCGAAAGAUGUCGAAAAACUAUUGGAAAAUACUCGUAUAAAAAGUAACCAGCCAGUAAAUGAUGGAAGCUCCAUUGUCAAUUUAUGUGAAUCUCAAAACAUAAAUAUAUCUCAGGCUGUAAGCCAUACAACGAACACCUAUUUUAGCUACCCGAAGUUAGCUGAAGCACCUUUUACGGAGACCGUUGAUGAUGAAACACACAAGCGAUUGGUUGAAAACUUUUUAAGAGAUACCAGGAAAUCUUCGGUCUCAUCGAAACCGCUAUUUCGAAAUUUGAAAAGAGCUCGAUCGCGGUCACGCUCAUCCGAACGAUGGAAGAAACUGCCUAGCCCGGAAUUGAAAAAGCAAUACAAUACAGAACGCAGAUCAUUAUCACUGUCCCCGUUAAGAGAUGGUGAUAUUUGGCAAGCGUACCGGCAUAUGGUUGAUCAAAAAGUACGCGAGUUGAACGUAUCUUUUGAGGUGUACAAAUCUGAUCCGGAACAGCAUCCUCUUUAUCAAGUAGAGUGGCAAAUCUUCUGGAAGCGACGCAAAGAUGAACUCAUAAUGGCGGGAAUUAACCAUCGCUCUUAUAAUUUUCAAAAUGAAUGGAUUAUUUUCUUUAACGCGCGACUUGAAGAAUUGUACAAUCGCGAUCUGGAGAAUAUUAAGCUAAAAUGUAGAGAUAGGUUGUGUUUGCCGCUGACAAAUGACGAGUUAAUGAAUAAAAACUAUCAUGUUCGUACACCUGAGAAAAUGAAUAUUAAUAUGGAGACAAUGGGGACUCCGAAGAGCUCUCUGGGAAAUCAUGUUCAUGAUGACACCACAAAUAUUAUUCACGUUCUUCGUCUUUUAACUGCACUAGAGGAAUUUUUGGGAAGUUUGGGACCCUUUAUUACAGAAAUGUUAACCAAAGCAUUACAGGCGCAGAAGGCUGAUCCAGAUAAUAUCCACAAUCUAUUGCUAACAUCGGAGAAUUGUGCCAUAUUAGAAACGACAAAAGAGAAAUUUACAGGAAUUUUAAUUUCUAAAAUAUAUGAUCCUGCCAAGGAACGGGCCAUUAAAAAAGCGAUUAAUGACACCGAAGCAUUACUUAAAAACGUAGAGAAAUCGAUAAGCACUAUCAAUUCCAAUUCAAAGGGUAACUCAGCUCAUCAAAUAACGGAAAAAAUGGAUAAUCAAAUGGGUAACAAAGAUCUGUUUAAUGUUCAAACGCCCAUUGAUAAGAGAGAACUAGCGGCAAAGCUAGCCUCUUCAUUAAUCUCUCAAGGCAAAACGUCGAUAAACAGGGAUGAACUUCAAAAAAUCCUGCAUGUGUAUUCCCUGAUUGAGAAAAAGAAACGUUUGGAUGAAUUCGAGAACUUGGAAACUGGCCGAAUGAACAAUACAGCGGAGCCAUUUCAACCAGAUAAUUUAAGUUAUAACUCAAGUCAUGAUACCGUGUUGACGCAACGCUCUAUAAGAAAUUUUAAUACAAUGAAUGAUUGGAACAGUAUGAAUACUGGUCAAAGCUCUUUUGCAAGUGCAGCUCACAUGAAUAAUAAAAACUCUAACCCUCCUAACACCACCAACACAUUUUCGUUUCGACAUGGAUUUGGACUGGACGGAUACCAGAAUAGUCAGUUUGACAGUGCUGCAGUAACGAGGAAUCAGAGCAACACUAUGCAAAAGUCUAUGAACUGCUCUUCUUUUUUCCCAUGCGAUCUAAAUCAGAGGAAUAACAGAUAGUUUUAAAACGAUAGUAAUUAAUAAACAAACGAGAUUUUUCUAAAAGAAGCUGAUUUAAAUCUGUGCAUUGUGGAAGUACUACUUAAAUUACUUAAUAAUCAAAAACAUGUUAUGUAUAUAAUGUAAAUACAAAUUUUAAAUGUAAAAAAAAA